CGCACAUUUCAGUAAGUCUUCGAGCCUUUUCCUUUUCCCUCCUUCUUUCUUUCUUCCUUGCGUGGACCUGAAGUAUUAACCAACAGCAGAAUCCGUCAAAAUGGUCAAGAAGAGAAAGAACAACGGCCGCAACAAGAAGGGUCGCGGCCACGUCAAGCCCAUCCGAUGCAGCAACUGCUCGCGAUGCACCCCCAAGGAUAAGGCCAUCAAGCGCUUCACCAUCCGCAACAUGGUCGAGUCUGCUGCCAUUCGCGACAUCUCCGAUGCCUCCGUCUUCGCGGAGUACACCGUACCCAAGAUGUACCUGAAGCUGCAGUACUGCGUCUCUUGCGCCAUUCACGGCAAGAUUGUCCGUGUCCGAUCAGUUGUCGGUCGCCGCAACCGUGCCCCUCCCCCUCGCGUCCGCUACAACAAGGACGGCAAGAAGAUCAUCCCCAACACCCCUAAGGCUUAGGUGUGGAGAUGAUUGGGAUGGAGUCUGGUUAUGUGAUGUUAACGUCUGCAUUCAAAAAACGGAUGGGAUGAGCACUUGGGAUUAUGAAUCUAGGAGAUUCCAAAAUUACAAUCGGACUACAUUGGCUGUUCA